AAGCGAGAAAGUAGGAAAAUGAAGUCCGUGAAAGACACAAAGCCAGAUCAUAUGUGAAUGUUCCAACUUCGAGGCUGAAAGGACAAAGGAGCCACCAAUAUUCAUUGCCGCUAUUAUUUGGCAUUUACCUUCUUCCUCUUCAAUCUCCUCCCGCUAAUCUCGCCUCUUUUUCUCUCUCAUUACUGCUCCACAGUAUACGAUUCAUCUACAUUUCUCUCUCUUCAUUACGCGUUUCUUUCUCUUUCCCUGUUGGUCCUCACUGUCACUCCAACUACGACAAUGUCUGUUUCCCUCUCCGUCAUCUUCUUCAUCUUCUUCUUCUCCUCCACCGCCUCCUCUGCUCCUCAUCAACCCUACCCUUAUGGUUUGGCUUACCGCAUCGACUGUGGUAGUCCCACUAAUACCACUGACCCAUUUAACGCCACCUGGCUCUCCGACCGAUUCUACACCGGAGGCGCCACCUCCAUAGUCUCCGAGCCACUUCGAUUUCACUUCUCCUACGAGAAGACUCUUCGCUUCUUUCCCGUCUCCUACGGCAAGAAGAAUUGCUAUGUAGUCCCCUCUCUGCCCAAUGGCCGCUACUUCUUCCGCACAUUUAUCGUUUAUGACAAUUACGACGGCAAGUCUCAUCCCCCGUCCUUCGACAUCUCUGUUGAGGGCACCGUCGUCUUCAGCUGGCGCUCGCCGUGGCAGGAAUCGUUAGCUCGUGAUGGCGCCUACUCCGAUCUCUUUGCAUACGUCGAGGACGGCGAAGCUGACGUCUGCUUUUACAGCUUAGCAACUGAUCCUCCGGUCAUCUCCUCCCUUGAGCUGGUUGAGGUCGAUUCGUCGUCCUAUGAUUCGGCCACUGCUGGAAAUGACCUCGUUCUCGUCAAUUAUGGCAGGUUAUCUUGCGGUAGCGAUUCAUGGGGCCCUGGAUUCAGCGACGACACGGACCUGUUCGGUCGGUCAUGGCAAUCCGAUAAACAAUUCCGAUCAAAUUCGGAAUAUAUCAGUACAAUAUCGACGAAGAAUACUAUAAGGGUGACUGAUGUAAAGCCCAAUUACUUUCCUAUGAAAUUGUACCAGUCGGCGGUCACGGUGGCUGGAGAUGGCGCAUUGGAGUACAAAUUGAAUGUGGACGCGAAAUUGGAUUACCUGGUGUGGUUGCAUUUUGCGGAAAUUGAUUCGAGCGUGAAGAAGGCAGGGGAGCGGGUUUUUGAUGUGGUCAUCAAUGACAAGAAUGUGACUAGGAUUGACAUAUACAAGCAGGUGGGAAGUUUUGCUGCAUAUAGUUGGCAUUACACAGUGAAGAAUCUAAGCAGCAGUGUCUUGAGUGUGAAGCUUGUAGCGGCUAAAGGUGCUCCGCUCAUUAGCGGGCUUGAAAAUUAUGCCCUCGUACCUAACGAUCCUGCCACCGUCCCUGAACAAGUAUUUGCCAUGAAAGCAUUGAAAGAGUCACUUCGCAUUCCUGAUAGAAUGGGCUGGAAUGGCGACCCCUGUGCUCCAACUAAUUGGGAUGCUUGGGAGGGAGUAACAUGCCGUAUGAACAAGAAUAAAACUGCUCUUGUGAUUAGUCAAAUUGAUCUAGGCAGUCAAGGCUUAAAAGGGUACAUAAGUGAGCAGAUUGGUCUUUUGUCCAACUUGGUAAGCCUGAACCUGAGUUCUAAUUCUUUGGAGGGUGAAAUUCCUUCUGGGCUUGGUCAAAAAUCCCUGACAAAUCUGGAUUUAUCCAACAAUCAGUUAACAGGCUCCAUACCAGAUAGCUUAGCAUCAUCAAGUUUGCAGCUUGUGCUAUUAAAUGAUAACUUAUUGAAAGGACGGGUGCCAGAGCUACUCUAUUCAGUUGGUGUGCAUGGUGGGGCUAUUGAUCUCUAUGGCAACAAAGGUUUGUGCGGCGUGCCUUCUUUGCCAUCAUGUCCAAUAUUUUGGGAGAAUGGCAGACUAUCUUCUCGGGGCAAAAUUGCCAUAGGAUUGUCAUGUCUUCUUUUUUUCUGUCUGAUAGUGCUGCUGGUAUAUAUCUACAUCAGGAAGAGAAGAAAUGAUUAUGACUUUGGUCUACCUCAUGAAUUGAUGUCUUUAGCUGCCAAGAGAAACCGAUAUCAGCGGCAGAAAUCCUUGAUGGUCCUUGAGAUGGAGAGUCAACAUGCCAAGGGAUUACAUCCAUUUACUCCACAACAAUAAAGUUUUGCUGGCAGUGAAAGAUUGAUUUUAGUUUUUGUCCAGAUCAUACACCAACACAUAUUACUGAAAAGAAUUCAAUGUUACAACAAUAAUACCCAGCUCUGAUGUGCCAACACUGCCUCUGUAAAAAAGUUGCCUUAUGGUGUUGGUUUUUCUCCCUCAACAUUUUCAUCUCGUCAAGGAUUCUUGAAGCCACCACUCAUUGCCAAGCUCUGUGACAGAUAAUACCGAAAGGGGUGGUGAAGUCUUGUUAGUUCAAAAGCCUUUAGCACCUUUUGAUGAAUACUUGAUGGGGGGACUCUUAAAAGUAUGUAAUUUGGUCCACAAAUUAGCGUUCAAAAUUUCUGGGAAUACAUCUGAUCUGUUGACUCUUUACAGAGUAUAUUGAUUUAUGUAGAGGAGCAUAGUUGUACAAUGAAAUUUAGGAUGAUCUUUCAUAGGUAUAUAGUAGAAAAUUCUAUAUUUUCCUUUUGGACCUUUUGGCUCUUCCAUUUACUGAAAAAGAUAAUUGCACAACUCCUGGUAAUACUUUUGUUGACUUGGAACCUUCCUCAGUCAGAUUUAGUGAGAUUAAUGUGUGGCAGAGUAAAUUCAGAAAUGAUGACCCCAUGUUGGUGGACUUGGAAAAUUUGGCAUGCAUGAUUGAUCAAAGUGGUCUGGUGAAGAUCCUUCUGUGUGAUUCCUUUUGAUGGUCUAGAAGGGGCACAACAACCUUAUUAUAUGUAUAUCUUCUCAUAAUCUCUUGAUUUGCUCAUC